AUCUGUACCACCGCUCGAACAGACAGCUCAGCGUCUGUUAGAGUCUGCUAAAGUACUAACCACUGAUGAAAAUCAAAUUAAGACAUUAGAGCUCAGAAUUGCCUCAUUUCUUGCAAAUGAAGGUCCAAAAUUACAAAAUCGGCUAGAAGAAUAUAAGAAGGAUCCAAGGAACCUGCUUUCAUUUGAGCAAAUUUGGGAUGACGCUAAUUAUAUGGAAUACCGCGAUCCUACUGUCGUCAACGUUUCGUUCUUCCAUGGUUUCGUACCUAUGUCACGACCACUUUCUGAAACACAGUAUCAGCAAGAAUUGCACACUAUGCGAGAACUGAUAUUUCAAUGCCAUUACACCUUCCAUUCGAUGAAAGUGGUUUAGAAGCGUCAAUUAACGAAGCUAGAGAUGAAGUUGCCAAGCUUUCUGAUAACCAAGCUCUCGGAUAUACUGUGAUAAACGGUGGUAAAUCCAUUAUAAAGGCGAAUGGUUUAUCAACAGAUGCUUGGACACAAAUGAUCAUACAGUUGGCUUAUUCCCGUUUAGUAGCCAUCGAAGGAAGUGAAAUGUUCCAGCUGCGACAUACGAAGCAGCGACAAUGCGUUCUUUUAUCAAUGGCCGCUAUGAAUGCAUCAGAUCCACUACAUCUGAUAGCGCUACAUUUGUUGAUGCUAUGAAUAAUACCGAGAAGACAAACGCAGAUUGAAAGGACGCUUUGAAAACUGCUGUCAACACUCAUGUACGCAAUACGAAACAAGUUAGUUCUGGACAUAGUGUUGAUAGACACCUUUCGGAUCUGCAAAAAUCACUUUAUCCAAGCGAACAAGUACCCGAAUUGUUGAUCGAUGAAUUGUUUAACAAGUCAUCUACUUGGACAAUAUCAACCUCACAAAUAUCUACAAAAGGCUUCGAGACAUAUGGUUGGGGAGAGGUCGUUCCGCACGGUUUUGGAGUAGCCUAUUCUAUUUUUGAAAAUUGCCUCCAGUUCACAGUCACGAACACGGUUAUGUAUGGUACAACAAAAGACAAAAAUGGAAAGGGUAAGAAGCGUAACGACACCUUCGUGGCACUAUUGGAUGAAGCUGCUAAAGAUAUGUUGAUACUCUUCAAACCAGCACAAUGUCAAGCUAAACUUUGAAUUAUGUGAUAAAAUUUUUU